AUGUCGGACGGGACCUUGUUCAAGGCGGAGAAGGAUUUCACAAAAGAUGUCGAUACCCUGAUUCCGGAAGCGCGGGAGCUGGCUAAGGCAUCCGAUCUACCAUCCACCUCGAGACUUCUUAUUGCCAUUGUUACCCUUUCCAAAGAGUCGGGUGAUUGGAAACUGUUGAACGAGCAGGUCGCCUCGCUUUCGAAGAAACAUGGCCAACUCAAACAAGCUACAACGAAAUUGAUUCAGGCUGUAAUGGGGUUCAUUGAUCAAACCCCGAAUAUGGAGGAGAAGAUGACAUUGAUCGAUACUUUAAGAACUGUUACGGAGGGCAAGAUUUUCGUCGAAGUGGAAAGAGCCCGAGUUACCCGUAUGCUAUCAGAUAUCAAGAAGUCGCAAGGCGACUUCGCCAGCGCUGUGGACAUUCUUUGCGAGUUGCAAGUGGAAACAUUUGGGUCUAUGACGCGGAGAGAAAAGACAGAGUUCAUUCUGGAACAGGUUGCUCUCUGCAUAGCUAAAGGGGACUGGAUGCAGGCUGGAGUAUUGAGCCGCAAAAUUGGCACAAAAUACUUUACACGGAAACCGAAGAAGACCCCAGAACAGAUUGAGAGAGAACAAAAGGAGUUGGAGGAGCGGGAAAGAAACCGGAAGCCUGAAGACCCACCGAUAGAGAAGGAAGAGGAUGUGACAGAUUUGAAGUUGAAAUAUUACGAGCAACAGAUCAUGCUCGCAAACAACGAGGAUAAAUACCUCGACGUUUGCAAGCAUUACCGACAGGUUCUUGACACCGAAUCCGUUGAAGAAAAUCCAGAACAGCUACGUGCGACUCUUCAACGUAUCAUAUACUAUGUUGUUCUUUCACCAUAUGAUAACGAACAAUCAGACCUCAUUCACCGUGUCCAAACUGAUUCCCGAAACUCCCUUGUCCCUGUCGAAGCCCGCCUCCUCAAGCUUUUCACGAUGAACGAGUUAAUGCGAUGGCCCAUGGUUGCUGAGCAAUUUGGGCCCCACCUCUGCAGUACCGACGUCUUCGAUGCUCAACCCAACCCAUCAACCGACAACAAGGCGCAUACCCGGUGGCAAGACCUGCGAAAGCGCGUUGUUGAGCAUAAUAUCCGCGUCGUUGCGAAAUACUACUCGCGCAUCCAAAUGAGUCGACUCACAGAACUUCUCGACUUAGGCGAGGAGGAAACCGAAAAGUACAUCUCUGAGCUCGUCACGUCCAAGACCAUCUAUGCUAAGAUAGACCGACCGGCCAGAAUCGUGGGUUUCACCAAACCAAUGGAUGCGGAUGAUGUGUUAAAUGGGUGGAGUAGCAGCAUGAAGAGCCUGUUGGGCCUGCUUGAGCGCAUCGACCAUCUCAUCACUAAGGAGGAGAUGAUGGCCCGGAUCCUUCCAUCCAAAGCCGAGCGGACGACUCCUAAGGCUCGCUAG